ACGCAUGGACUAUAAUAGGAUGAACUCUUUCCUUGAGUACCCACUCUGUAACCGGGGACCCAGCGCCUACAGCGCCCACAGCGCCCACAAUGCCCCUACUUCCUUCUCCCCCAGCUCGGCUCCGGCUGUUGACAGCUACGCAGGCGAGACCCGCUAUGGCGGGGCACUACCCAGCCCCGCGCUCCAGCAGAACUCAGGCUAUCCCGUCCAGCAGCCGCCUUCCGCACUGGGAAUGCCCUUCCCCAGCUCUGCGACUUCGGGGUACGCCCCGGCAGCCUGCAGCCCCAGCUAUGGGCCUUCUCAGUACUACCCUCUGGGCCAAUCAGAAGGAGAUGGAGGCUAUUUUCCUCCUUCGAGUUAUGGGGCUCAGCUAGGGGGCUUGUCCGACGGCUAUGGAACGGGUGGAGCGGGCCCGGGGCCGUACCCUCCGCCGCAGCCCCCUUACGGGAACCAGCAGACCGCAAGCUUUGCACCGGCUUAUGCUGAUCUCCUCUCCGAGGAUAAGGAAUCGCCCUGCCCGUCUGAACCCAGCACUCCCACAGCCCGGACCUUCGACUGGAUGAAGGUUAAGAGGAACCCACCCAAGACAGCGAAGGUGUCGGAACUGGGCUUAGGGGCGCCCGGCGGCCUCCGCACCAAUUUCACCACCCGGCAGCUGACUGAGCUGGAGAAGGAGUUCCAUUUCAACAAGUACCUGAGUCGGGCCCGGAGGGUGGAGAUCGCCGCCACCCUGGAGCUCAACGAGACGCAGGUCAAGAUUUGGUUCCAGAACCGGCGCAUGAAGCAGAAGAAGCGUGAGCGGGAGGGAGGCCUGGUGCCCCCAGCCCCUCCAGGCUGUUCCAAAGAGGCGGCUGGAGACACCUCCGAUCAUUCGACAGGCACCUCCCCGGAGGCCUCGCCCAGCUCCAUCACCUCCUGAACUCAAACCUCCCAGCCGACUGGGCUCCUGGGCUCCGCAGCGCCUC